AUGGCAGAGGGACGGCUAGCGCUAGGUCCACUUGUAAGUUGGCUAUUUGCGCAAGCAACGUCUCCCAAGCCCGCUCAAGCUGUGGGAAGCCGGUCGACCGGCUUCGCAGGCCGUCUGCUCACUGGAAUAAUAUUUAUGGACAAAAAGGUGAAGCAAGAUACCAAUGAUGGAACGUUUUCUGUGUGGGUUAUUUCAGCCGUCAGGCUCUCCAUUCAUAGUGGGGGCUUUGUCUUACGCAGCCAGUUUCGCUUCCCACCACCAAGAGUUGAGGUUUUAGAAACUGUAUGGGGUGACCGCGGCCGUGGUGAAUUACCUAGUUCUCGCCCAGCACAGGUCCAAAAUGUGGCUGCACAGCUCAUAACUCGAUCUGGAAGUGCCAUUAUCGAAUUCCAAAUUACAACUACGUCAUGCUGGUCGAUGCUUGCGCAGGGGGUAGUUGAUGGAGUGU